AUGUUCGAUUAUGUAAACAUUAUACAAACAUACUACUGGAGCGGUUGUGCCCGAAAUACUGAAAAUCUUUUCGAGGCGCAUCUGUAUACCAGAUAUUUGUCACAGAGAUCAUUCAUUUUAAUCUGCCAGCUGAUCUGGUUAAUUAAGAGUAUUACGUACAGACGAAUACAACUGGUUGCAAUAAGCAUGGAUAGAAAGUUAUAUUGA